UUUAAUGCUUAUACAAAACAUUUGGAAGACAAAAUUAACAAACUUAAAGAUUCCAUCGCUAGACUGGAAGAGCAGCAUCGAGGAGCCGAGAAUGAGUUGGCGAAAAUAGAAGAAGAAAAGGCCGAAAUUCAACAAAAAGUUGAUAAUCAACCAAUAUCUCCUGACGAUGUCGAAAGGAUGCACAAAGAAAGUGAGCAAAUAACCAAUAACCGCAAUUCUAUUGCUGCGAAAAUGAAAGAAUUGGCCAAACUGCAAUGGGAAAAAGGUUUAGAGUUAGAGAAAAAGAUAGCCGAGAUUGAAAAGCAAAUUCAGUAUUAUAACACUAGUCUUUAUCGUGUUGGCUUACUUCCGUCAACUGCGCAGUAUGCUGAUGGGAAAGAUUAUGAACUGUCUUUGGACACGGACGCAGAUCGUAUUGAUAAAGUGAUUUCUUUGGAUCUAAGGAAUUUUGUCAGGGUCAAGCUAUCGGAGGUUCGGGAAAAUUUUAACUGUGAAUAUGAUAAAAUCCAAGAACAAAUGAAUCAAAUCAGCGAGGAGAUUCAUCGUCUUGGUGACGAUAUUGCAGAAAAGGAAAUGGAUUUGAAAACAUUGGAUGAGAAUAAAAACAUACUCGCACAACAAUUUGAAGAAAUCAAACAGCUCGAACAAGGGGAAGCCGACUCGUUAGCCAAACGCUGCGCGAACUUUGAGCAGAGGGUGUGCCAAUUACGAUCAGAGGGCGCAUCUGUUUAUGUCGAAUGGAAACAGAAACGUCAAGAAAUUCAAAUCCAGUUUGAUCGUUGUCAACAAGAAUAUAACUCUGCACGAGAAGCGACAUACAACGAGUUCGAUCAGAUCAGGAAUGAACAACUUAGAAGUCUUCAACAUAUUUCCAGUGUCUUGGCCGAUUUAAAGAGACUGUCAGAAAAUGAAUUGAAUGCUGAAUAUUGA